UUCAAUUCAACACACUUCUUUUCUACUCUCUCUCUCUCUCAAAGAAUCCCUCAGUUUCAGAGCUCCUUUCUCCCUCCCCUCUCUCUCUUCCCAAUUUCUCGAUUGCCACACAUUAGUGACAAAUAUACAACAAGCUAGCACACAAUCCGAAGUCCUCACUUUCUAAUGCUGCUAUGUGGUGCAGGAAUCGUGGAAUGGCUAUAGCGAAUUGGAGUUGGUGAUGUAGAGAUCACAUCGAUUGUGAGAAAUUUUGCCGCGAUGCGGGUGAAGGAGAUGCACCCGCUGUGCUGCAUAACGCUCGAGAGCGCCGGGAUCGGGGACGGCUCGCCGGAGCCGACGCUCCUGAGGACUGACUCCGCGAUCGAUUGCGGAUCUGAGUCCAAUGCCGGAGGAUCUGACGUCGGCACCAGCACCAGCAGCGGCGUCACCGGGAUCCUCUACAAGUGGACCAACUACGGCAAAGGAUGGCGAUCCAGGUGGUUCACAUUGAGAGACAACGGCGUCCUAUCCUACUCAAAGUCGCGCCGCCCCCAAUCGCCCGACGUCAUCCUCAUCGGCUCAGCCGCCGCCACCAACAGAAAACGCGGCAAAUCCGUGGGCAUUGUCCAUUUGAAGAUCUCGUCAUUUCGAGAGAGCAAGUCCGAUGACAGGCGAUUUUACAUAUUUACGGCUACAAAGACUCUUCAUUUGCGGACAAAUUCCAAGAAAGAAAGAGUGGCUUGGAUAGAGGCUUUGAGUUCCACUAGAAGCCUCUUUUCUCUGAGACCGCAGACCGGCAAUACCCCUCUCUUGACUAGAGAACUGUCGGUAUCAACUGAAAGGCUGAAGCUGCGUUUGCUCGAGGAAGGUGUUGGUGAGGGGGUUGUCAAGGACUGUGAGCAAAUUGUGCUAUCUGAAUUUUCUGGUGUACAAGGACAGUUUCAACUUCUUUGCCGGGAACGCUCCAAUUUGCUCGAUACAUUGAGACAGCUGGAGGCGGCAAAUAUUGAAGCUGAAGCCUCUGGGAUUAACGAUGGUGGAUAUCAAUUGAUGAAGCACGACUACAGAAAUCUGGCACAGCGGAAGUAUAGUGAGUGGAGCACUACUGAAUCUUCAGAUGAUGUCGAAAAGCAAGACCUUGAUGAAGCAUCGGAUGAGGAGGAGGUUCACUUCUUCGACACAAAUGAAUAUUUUUCUGAGCUUACAUCAGGUCCUGGAUCAAAAGAUAAAGAUCAGAUGGAUGGUGGCAUGAGUUUGGGACAUCAAACUGAUAUUGUGUGCAAGGCAGAUGGAAAGGAGAAUGUACUUGAGCCUAGAUAUCCAAGAGUUGAGAGAAGAAAGAAGCUACCGGAUCCGGCUGAGAAGGAGAAAGGUGUUAGUCUAUGGUCUAUGAUUAAGGACAACAUAGGAAAAGAUUUGACACGGGUUUGCCUCCCUGUAUAUUUUAACGAACCAAUAUCGUCGCUGCAAAAAUGUUUCGAAGAUCUGGAGUAUUCUCAUCUUUUGGAUCAGGCUUAUGAACAUGGGAAAGCGGGAAAUAGUCUGAUGAGGAUUUUGAAUGUUGCUGCAUUUGCUGUAUCGGGAUAUGCUUCAUCAGAAGGCCGUAAUUGCAAACCCUUUAACCCUCUACUUGGUGAAACUUAUGAAGCUGAUUAUCCAGAAAAAGGAAUUCGUUUCUUCUCUGAAAAGGUCAGUCACCACCCUACUGUCAUUGCUUGUCACUGUGAGGGCAAAGGUUGGAGAUUUUGGUGUGACACAAACCUUAAAUCAAAAUUUUGGGGAAGAUCUAUUCAAGUCGAUCCCGUUGGAACUCUUCAUUUAGAGUUUGAUGAUGGGGAGACUUUCCAGUGGAGCAAGGUCAUAACCAGCAUCUACAAUCUGAUUCUCGGAAACAUCUACUGUGACCACCAUGGAACGAUGCAUAUCCAAGGUAACCGCCAAUAUUCAUGCAAACUCAAGUUCAAGGAGCAGUCUAUUCUUGAGCGCAAUCCUCACCAGGUUAAUGGUUUUGUUGAAGAUUCCACGGGGAAAAAAGUGGCUCAAUUAUUUGGAAAGUGGGAUAAUAGCAUGUAUUUUGUAAAUGGUGAAGAAACUGACAAUGCAAAAGAUAAGUCUGAGGCAUCUUUAUUGUGGAAAAGAAAUAAGCCUCCCUCGAACCUUACUCGCUAUAACCUAACUUCUUUUGCUAUUACACUGAACGAAUUGACACCGGGACUGAAGUAUUUCAUGACGGAUGAAGGAGAAGCUCCCUGCCACAGAUUCAAGACUAAGACCAGACCAACGGCAUCUGGAAAAUGGGGAAUUUGACAAGGCAAAUGAGGAAAAGCUCCGUCUGGAAACACGACAAAGAAUGGUAUAUGAGCUUCUUUUUUUUAUGAAUGAUUUAAUCAGUUUUUGGGGUCAAGAGAGCUUCUUAUUCAGUUGAUACAUAACCUGCGCGAUCUGAGCUGCGAAAAUAAUAGAUUUGCUUGUGCAAAUAAUAUGAUAAUCUGUUGCCAAGCAAAUAUAGGUAUAGUCACUUAAUAAUCCAAGCCUUCCAUAACGGCAUCUGGAAAAUGGGGAAUUUGACAAGGCAAAUGAGGAAAAGCUCCGUCUGGAAACACGACAAAGAAUGGUAUAUGAGCUUCUUUUUUUUAUGAAUGAUUUAAUCAGUUUUUGGGGUCAAGAGAGCUUCUUAUUCAGUUGAUACAUAACCUGCGCGAUCUGAGCUGCGAAAAUAAUAGAUUUGCUUGUGCAAAUAAUAUGAUAAUCUGUUGCCAAGCAAAUAUAGGUAUAGUCACUUAAUAAUCCAAGCCUUCCAUGUAUUUAAACUCUUUGUUCUUGUUAAAAUGGACUGUUUCUUAUCUUCUGUAAUCAGUUGUUCUUAAUGAAUCGACAAAUUAAUUUGUCUGGAUAUAGUCAAAAAAUUUUAUAGAAAUGUUUUUGCACUUGGCACUAAC